UGGACAUCUUUAGAACGAUUGCAGCAUUUGUCUCUAUUUGCAUUAGUGUAAUCAGCUCAACUGUCCUCUUGUGUUACAUAUUAAGCUGCGCUUUGCAUCUUUUAUUGGCUCCACUUUCCCUUUUGUUCCACUGGUGGUUUGGCUUCUAUCAAAAUUUUUAUUUAUGUUUUACGAUGGUUAGAAUUGAUAGAAUUUAUAGCAAGUUUAGUUAAAGGGAUAGUUCAUGCAAAAAGAAAUACUGUCAUUAUUUGCUCAUUCUUACAUUGUUCCAAACCUUUUUGUUUUUCUUUCUUCUGUGGAACACAAAAUAUAUUUAGAAAUUUCUUGUCCAUACAGUGAAAGCCAAUGGAGACCAAAUUUCUUCUUUUGUGCUCCACAAAAGAAAGUCAAACAGGUUUGGAAUGGCAUUGGGGUGAGUGAUGUAGAUGUGAUUCGAUUAUUUUCAUAUUUUAAGUUUGGUUAUUUCUUUAAAUUGAGUUUUAUAUGCCUUAUACUUUAAGUAUAAUUGUAAAAUAGUUUAAAGCUUAUAUUUGAGAAUUUACUCAAAUGUUCUUGAUGAAUUAGGUUCAACUUCCACAUAGAAACCUUUCUGUGUUUUAGCAGAUCUGAGAAUUAGAUGUUGGUCUUUAUACUCUAUGUUGGCUUUGCAUAUUUGUAAUUCUCAUUUGCAGUGUAGACUGAUGUGGCAUAUUUCCAGACUUUUUUGUGCAUUUGAACUUAUGAGACACACCAUUUGCUGAAGCUGACCUGUUUGUGGCUCCACCCACUGUCCCCACAUGUCUAACCUCAAUCACCCACAAUGCCAGAGCACAGAAAUCUUCACAUCUUCAUACAGUUCUGACCAUCAGCGGUGCUCAUUUUUGUCACAGACACCUGUCCUGAAGACCAAACUGAUAAGCUCAGUACAAAAGGAGAUCCUGACAGACAUGGAGACCUCCGCUGAACAAGCUCGCUGGGUUUCCUCCUCCAUGGUAUCAUCAGAAGUGAUGCCCACUUACCCACCUGACUCCAGCUAUAUGGUCCACACUGAGGAGGGUUCAGUGUACCCCUACACCGAUGCCGAUCACAGCAGCCUGCCCUCUUUAUUCAGCAGCCCUGUCAAUGGUCGUCCAUCUGGAGCUUUUCAAACCAGCUCAGUAUAUCCCGUUUACUCUUCUCCAUUCCUGGGAAACCUGUCCUGGCUGGAAAGUUCGAACGGCCCAUCUCUAACCAACCUCUUCCCAUCCUCCCCAUCAUCCUGGCACAGCAGUGCGUUUUCCUCAUCCUUCCACGGCUCCACGCCUCUCUCCUCUGCCAGAGCGCCUCGUUCUGCCCUUCCCUCCCUUAUCCAGGACCAAAAGGACACCCUUAUUGUGCAGGAGAGCAUGAAAGGACAGAGGCUGAGUCCUCCUGGAGGUGGGGAAGCGUUUGGCGGUGUGUUUUCCCCCUCAUUGACCAGUGUGUAUGCGCAGACACACUCCUCAAAAACACACUCGCAGUCACUGAGCCACUACAGUCCCUAUGGGAGCUUCACAGAGAACUACAACAGUUCACUUCUCUACACACCCUCGUCCUUCUCACCCAAAUUAUGCAGCAAGAUGAAACUCUCUCCUUUAGUGGCGACAGAGCCACGUGAGUGUGUGAACUGUGGGGCCACUGCAUCCCCUCUGUGGCGGCGUGAUGGAACGGGACACUACCUCUGCAAUGCCUGCGGUCUGUACCACAAGAUGAAUAGACAGAACAGACCCCUCAUCCGACCCAAAAAGAGACUGGUCAUCAGUAAGCGAACAGGAACUCAAUGUGCGAACUGUCAGACCAGCACCACCACGCUGUGGAGACGCAACACCAGCGGAGAGCCCGUGUGUAACGCUUGCGGACUCUAUUUCAAGCUUCACAAUGUGAACAGACCGCUCACUAUGAAGAAGGAAGGCAUCCAGACGCGCAACCGUAAGAUGUCUAGCAAGAACAGGAAAGGGAAGAAGUUUAGCGCCACAGAGGAGAAUCUGUAUUUUUCAAAGAAUCCUGCAUCUGAUCAGCAUUUUGACUUGUAUUCUCAGAGUCCAGGAGCUCUGGGCGUCUACAGCCACUCAUCCCAUUCACUGCCGCCCACCGCUGCCUUCCACGCCCAGCCUGCCCUACCCAUGCCACCCACCAGCUGCCAUCUUACCCAGCAUGGUGUGACGGGAAUCAUGUUGUACAAAACACUCCCAGCUGCCCAGCCAUGUGUAAACAUACUCAGUAAAAACAUGCUUGAAAACUUAACAGAUGUAGAUGCAUGAAAAAAACAUGUUGCCCUAAAAAUAUUUGGAUGCUUAAGUCACACAUGAUGUCGGAAUCUCAAUCCACUGUAUAGAAAACAUAAAAUCAUGUGCGUUUAUUUUAAAGAAAGACAGAACAAACCCACUUUACAAGUUUGUUAGAUUUGAAAAGCUUGAAAGAUUAAAACUAUUAUGAAGCAUGUGGUAAAGCGUUAGUGGAACAUGUCCACAGUUAUAAAACUACAUGAACAUUUUGACAAAGGUUUGGGGUUCCGAAAGGUAUAUGUUUUUUAAGAAAUGAAUACUUCUAUUCAGCAAGGAUGCAUUAGAUUGAUCAAAAGUGACAGUAAAGACAUUUAUAAUGUUACAAAAAUGCUCUUCUUAUGACCUUUUUAUCCAUCAGAGAAUCCUGAAAAAAAGUAUUGCAGUGUCUACAAAAAUGUAAAGCAGCAAAACUGUUUCAACAUGGAUA